CCUACCUACUGCUAGGUGAACAGUGACAGCAGGUUUAAGGUGACUAACACCCAGGUACCUACCUACUGCUAGGUGAGCAGAGACAGCAAAUGCCUUAAUUAAAGAAACACGCCCCAAUGUUUCCACCCGUACCAGGGAUCGAACCAUAUAUCAUCUUGUUGCAGGUGUACAAGAUGGUGGACAUCAGUGUGUUGAGGGACUCAAUAGUGGGCGCCACAACCAAUUUUUUACUGCCAAUAUUACGUCUGCUGUUGUUGACUGUCUUACCGGAGGCUGGUAAAGAUCUCUUCGAGAUAAAUGGACCUCUGGCUGCUGACUAUGACUUUAUAAUAGUGGGUGGAGGAGCAGCAGGAUGUGUGAUGGCUGCCAGACUCUCUGAAGUACCACACUGGAGGAUACUCUUACUGGAGGCAGGUCCUCCUCCACCCUUGGAGACCAACAUACCAAGCUUCACUCCCAUAGCUUACAUACCAAGGUAUUCCUUGGACUGGGGGUACAGAACGGUACCACAGAAAUAUGCCUCCCAAAACUUUAUUAAUAAGGCGGCGAGGCAGCACCAGGGGCGGGUGUUGGGUGGUGGCUCCACGGUCAACUCUAUGAUAUAUGUGAGAGGUAACAGGAGGGACUUUGACCAGUGGGCAGCAGUGGGCAACCCAGGCUGGGACUACCUCAGCGUCCUCCCGUACUUCAUUAAACAAGAGGAUUAUCGGGGGCCUGUCCGGGAAACUGAGGCCUUCCAUGGUCGUGGUGGACCCAUUGGAGUCACCCCAUCACAAAUAACAGGCACUAUAGAGGCUUUCGUAAAGGGGGGUCAGGAACUCGGCUACUCCAAUAUCGACUACAAUGGCCCAGAACAAACUGGAUUUCCCAUUUCAACUUUUUCAAUUAAAGACGGGCUUAGAUCUUCGACAGCCAUGGAAUAUCUAAGACCAGCAAACAUCAGACCAAACCUUCAUGUUCUGCACAGUGCUACUGUUCACAAGGUUCUCUUCGAAAACAAGAGAGCUGUUGGUGUCAAGUUUGAACACAAAGGAAGAUUGUUGACGGUGAGGGCGCGUCGCGAGGUCAUUAUGUCUGCUGGGUCAGUAGCAUCCCCCAAACUACUCAUGUUGUCAGGAGUUGGACCCAAGGAACAUCUCCACCAGCAUAAUCUGAAGGUGGUGGCAGACAUACCAGGAGUCGGACAGAAUGUGCACGAUCAUGUUGAAAUUUUAGGUCUCAGCUGGUUGGGUGUUAGAGGCACAUCUUUCCCAAGUUUAAUAGAAACAUUCAGCCCCAGCUCUAUCCAUCUGUUCAGGUUAACCAGACAAGGCCCUAUUGGCACAGUACCUCUGAAUUUCGGGAAUGCUUGGAUCACGGUGUCAGAGGGAGGUGAUCCAUUAUGGCCAGACAUACAGUUGUUUUUUAACAGUAUAACUAUAGCACGUGACUUGGGUGCUGUGAAUCCUGCCUUGUAUGGUUUGGAAAAACCGAUGUUUCAAGAGUACUUUAGUGAGAUAUAUGGAAGAGAAGGGUUCACAAUCCGACCCAUCCUGGUGCGACCAAAGAGUCGAGGAACCAUCACCCUCAGGUCUACGGACGUACAUGAACAACCAAACAUUGAUCCUCAACUUCUGUCACAUCCAGAUGAUGUCACAACUCUUGUCAAGGGCAUAAAGCUUACUUUGGCACUGGGCAACACCUCACUCUUCGUCAACAGUUAUGGAGCCCAGUUCUAUGAUAAGCCUCUUCCUCAGUGUGCUCAUACAGUAUUCGGUUCUGAUGCUUACUGGGUUUGUUAUGUACGUCACAUGUCCACUACCUUCUAUCAUCUUGCUGGCAGCUGUAAGAUGGCACCAGCCUCCGAUCCUUAUGGUGUGGUGGAUCAUAGACUGAGGGUCCGGGGACUGAAAGGAUUCCGAGUGGUGGAUGCCUCUAUUAUGCCUUUUGUCACCAAUGGUAAUACUAAUGCCCCGACUAUUAUGAUUGCUGAAAAGGCCAGUGACAUGAUCAAGGAAGAGUGGAAGAUUUUGGAAGGGCAUAUAUAACACCGGAACUGAGAGCCAAAAUUUUUAUGAAGAUAAAACUAUCAUGCUAAUCAAGAAUUGCAGGAAAAUUCAAGCAUACCCAAGUUUAUCAAGCAAUUCUAUAAGAACCAUUGUGUUUUAAUCUCAUCAAUCAGAACCACUAAAGAAGCCUCACCUACUGAACAUAACAAUGGAGGAGCACUGAGCAGGCCUAC